UGUUUGGUGUCAACUGAUCACUCGCUUACAACAACGUCUUUCACUUAUAUUAAUUCCAAUAGAUAAUUUCUUACCUAUUUCUUCUAAUGUUGUUGAUCAUUCCGACCCAUCGACAUCAUCAUCAUCGUCAACAUCUACAUUACCAAAUGCUUCGUUUUCACUCUUCACUUCACCAUGUAUAGAAUUAGUAACUGAAGUGGAGUCAAAAUUUUGGAUUAAG